CUUCCCCCUCUCCACCUCUCUCUCUCUCUCUCAUCCGCGCACCCGUAGGCCCAGUCAUCUAGCGUGGAGGAGAAACUCCGUUGCAGGCACUCGUCGACGGGGCGUGGCAGCCAGAGACCCCGACGCAUAUGCUGCAAUGGACGUCACGGUACCUUCCGGGCCGCCAUCCCUCCUCCGUCAACUCAGUGUUUACCCGCUCCGUGGUCUGUCUGGUGGGAAACGUUGUCAACGGCCCUCGAGUGGUGCUGACCGGUCUAUUACAACAAGACCAUCCUCAUUCGUCACUUGUUUGGGUAGACUUUGCGCGCGACACGACGACCCGUUCACGUGACGGAGGCAGGGCCCAGGCGGCCGAGUUGUGCAAUUUCGGCGGUCCCGGGAGAUGAGUGAAAUUCGAGCGGGCUUGGCGCCGUAAUACGAAGUUCGGUCCGUGUCGCUUUUAUUUUUAUUUAACUUUUGUUGGGGGAUUUUUAUUUUUAUUUUACGUGUCUAACUAACACAGUUUCGAUUU